AUGAAAUCUGCGAUUCCCAUGGACUCACCAACUGAUCGCGUAUCUCCCAGUGUCGGCGAUCAACAUCGCGGCGGACCCACCUCCAUAAACAUGCCCAAUGGACCAGGUCCCGUCAUUACGAACCCCUUCGAGGAACCCGAACGCCGGAUGAGCGAGUACACUGCUAUGCAGAUUGCAACUUUGCAAGCACGUCUGGAUAGGAAACUUGGACCCGAAUACAUUUCCUCACGACCCGGUGCUGCGGGGCAGAAGGUGCAUUAUCUCUCGGCAGAUAAAUGCAUCAAUCUUGCAAACGAAGUGUUUGGCUUUAAUGGCUGGUCGAGUUCAAUCCAGAGAGUUGAUAUUGAUUUUGUUGACGAGAAUGAAAACACGGGCAAGGUUAACCUUGGACUGUCGGUUAUUGUGCGAGUCACGCUCAAGGAUGGGUCAUUUCACGAGGAUAUUGGCUAUGGCCAUAUCGAGAAUUGCAAGGGCAAAGCGGCCGCAUUCGAGAAAUCCAAGAAAGAAGGGACGACGGAUGCUUUGAAACGCGCACUGCGAAACUUUGGAAAUGUCUUGGGUAAUUGCGUUUAUGACAAAGAUUAUCUUUCCAAGGUCACCAAGAUAAAGACUGCGCCUGCCAGAUGGGAUGUUAAUGACCUUCACCGUCAUCCGGACUUUGCACCAAUCAAAAAGGAACCCGUCCCUAAUAAUAGAGUCAUAGAGGAUGAUGACUUGCCUCUUCCACGCCCAGUUGAACCGGCAAGAAGCAGUGCUCCUAGCCAUACUACUGCCUUUGACGGUGAUGGGGAAUUCGGCAGCGAUCUUUUCGACGAAGCCGACUUUGUAGUGACCCAUACGGGUAACCCUGACGAGAUCGUGAUAGAGCAAGAGCAACCUCACCAACCACCGACUCCUAUGAAUCGUUCGUUCCAACAAAGAGCACCACCACCAGGCCGAUUCGACUCUAACGUCGUAACCCCUUCCAAACCCGAGAGAUGGAGCGGUGCGAAUAAUCCUGCUGCAAGACAAUCAUUACCUCCAAACGCACGACAGAACCCAUCGAAUAUGGUCGAUCAAAGACGGCCAAUGGCUGCACCGGGUCUGCCACCUAACAUGCCAAAUGCCAGACCCUCGGGCCCGCCUCAACCAAUGGCUAACGCCAACGCACAACCUCCAGUUAAAAGAGAACCUGCCCCAGCGUUCAAUCAAGACAACUCCAGUCAACCUCCACCACCUCAAACUGUGGGGUUUUUCUCCGCCCGGGCGGCUGAUCAGCUGCGGGAUAACCCCAAUGCCGCACCGAUACCUGGAUCACAAUUCGACCCUCAUGCAGAGAGCCCAUCUAUUCGCAAAACUGCAGGAAUUGAUCACACGAAGACAGUCGCGGUGAUAAGAAGUGGUACCGGCGUGUCACCAGCCCCGGAGAAGGGACACUCGCGCGACAUUAUCAACCCUGCACACCGAGUUGGUGGCCCAGGAGUUCCGGCAGGCGGGUUCGGGAGCCCAUUAUCUCGAGGGCCGUCCGUUUCGUCCUUUAAGCCAUUGACUCGACCAAGUAUCGAUCCGAAGAACGCGCCCAGCUCAGGCCCAGUGACUCGAAGUGGUAGCGUACCACCCCAAAAUAUGAACGGCAAGCGCCCUCCCUUGAGCGAUGUUACCAACGCCAAUGCUUCACUCGGAACACUUCCAACCGCUGCUCCACCAACUACCGGCUCGAAUGACCCGAAGCGACCUCGAAUGGCAGACAUAGUACCUGGUCAGCCACAGCAACAGCCGCCGCCGCCUCGAGCACCUCAGCAAUAA